AAAAAGGAGAAUCCUGAGCAUUGACAUAUGAGCCAGACGGUUGCCUGAGCCCUGCGACCCCUACCGGCAGUGAUGGGAUAACAUCCAUUGACGAUACCAUCAGACACUAAACUGAUGACGUGGUUCGGUCCGUUGACCAGAGCAGCAGUAUGGCCGACCAGAGCAGGCAAAUAAAACUCGCUGCGGCUAAGAAAAAGCUGAAGGAGUUUCAGCAGAAGAGCUCCCCUGCUAGUGUGGGAGGAGAAAAGGGUGGAGGAGGAGGUGGCGGAGCAGGGGCCAAGAAGAAGAGGAAGGUGAAGGGACUGAGCCAACACGAUGCACCUUCAACAGACAGAAACUCUCCAGACAAUACCUUUGCUGACGUGGGGGCCAUCGGGUCUUCAGUUCCCCAGCUGCUGGAGGACCCAAAGGGCGAGCUCGGUCACGGCUCCCCUGUGUCUAACACUGCUAGCGCUAACACUGCUACUAACUCUGAGUCUGUCGGUCACAACACUGACCUGCAGGACUAUCCCGAUACCAACGGCAAUGAGAGUUUAACAGAAGAAGAUAGACCACUCUCUUCCACAGAGAGCCUGCGACAGCUCUCACAGCAACUGAAUGGCCUGGUCUCUGAGUCAUCUGCUGCUUAUGUGAAUGGGGACAGUCCACCUUUAGUUGGUGAGAGAGAAAUGGAGGGUCGGAACCAGGAGCUGGCAGCCGCCCUGGAGUCCAGCAACCUAACAAACUCUCAGCUAAAUACCAAGCUAGACCAGCUGGCACAGCAAUCUCAGGGGCUCUCCGAUCAGCUACAAAAGGAGCGAAAAGAAUUCGAACAGAGAUUUUCAAAAGAGCAGGGAGCCAUGCGGGAGCAAUUACAGGUUCACAUCCAGACCAUUGGUAUACUGGUAUCAGAGAAGUCAGAGCUGCAAACAGCACUACAAUACACACAACAUGCUGCACGGCAGAAAACAGCUGAAGCAGAGGAGUUGAAUAACCGUCUGCAGGCAACCAAGCAGAGAGUGUCAGAGCUGGAGAGAACUCUCUCCUCUGUCUCAACACAACAGAAACAGUUUGAAAAGCACAACAAAGAGUUUGAAAAGGAGAGAGACAACCUUAGGCUAGAGGUGUUUAGACUAAACAAUUUGAGUGAGGAGUCGAAGCAGCAGAGCUCAGAGCUGUCAGAGCAGUUAAAGCGGAGUACACAGGAGAAUGGAGCAAUGAGGCUGGAGGUGGAAGAUCUUCGCAAGAGACUCGAGAUAGCUGACCUCAUGUUGCAACAGUGCUCCAGUCAGUCAGAUCCCACGAGUGCCAACCAGCAGGUCCAGUUACUGCUCGGAGAGAAGCAGCAGCUGGAGGCACACAAUCACCAGCUGAUGGAGUCGAUUGCCCAGCUGCAGACAGAGAGGGACUGCUAUGCAGAGCAGAUCCAGGAGGAGGGCCGUCUAUGGAAGGACAAAACAGAACAGCUGCUAACACAGGUGUCUUUGGUUGCAGAGGAGAGGGACAGAAACAUCAGCCGAGUCCAAGAACUGGAAGCCAGCAUUACAGAGCUUCAAAAUGCUGCAGCGUUGUUGUCCCAGGAGAGAGAGGCCCGGGAUAAUGCAGAGCCUCAGUCCUCAGGGCCAUCAGAGAGUGAGGUGGCACUUCAGGAGGCCCUCAACACUCUACAUCAAGAAAAAGAGGCUCUUACCGCACAGUUCCAGGCACAGCUGAGAGAUAACGAGCAGCUGAGCCGCCUGUGUUCAGAGCAGGAGACUCGUCUCGGGGAGAUGGAGCGCCAGUUGGAGAGCCAAGUCCAGGAGGAAGGGGACCGCCGUCGCAUGUUGGAGGAUGUUCAGUCGGACAAGGCCACUAUUAGCCGUGCUCUCACCCAGAACCGUGCACUGAAGGACCAGCUGGCUGAGUUACAGAAUGGUUUUGUCAAACUGACUAAUGAGAACAUGGAGCUGACCACUGCCAUCCAGUCAGAGCAACAUGUGAAAAAGGAGCUGGCUCGCAGAAUGGGUGAACUGCAAGAAGAACUGCACAACGUCAAGGAGGAGCUGGAACUGAAAAAUAAUGACACUCAGGGUCUGAUGGAGCAGAGGGACCAGGUAGUGGCCCACCUGCAGCAGUACUGUGCUGGCUACCAGGCUCUGGUCUCAGAGAGGGAACAGAUCCACCACCAGUAUCUGCAGCAGAUCCAGCUGAUGGACCGGCUGCAGCACGAUGAAAGCCAGGGCCGUGUGCAACUGGAGAUCAGUCACAAUCAGCUCAAGCAAGCGCAGGAGCAUAUGGAGCUGUUGGUCAAAGACAACGAGCAGCUGAAGGCUGAGGUAAAGGAGCUGCUCAACAGCUCAGCUCUUGCCACGUCAUCCAGAGACCAAGGCGAUGGGGUGGAGAGCCAGUCCCUGCAAGAGAGCCCAGAGAAGUCUUCCCCCAUAGUUAUCCCAGAAGACUUUGAGAGCCAGAAGGAGAUGGAGGAGUUUAUCCGUGGAGCUUUGGCUCAGCUGGAGCUGGAGAGGGACGAGGCCAGACGGCAACUUGAGGAGGAGCACCGGCUUCACAUGGCAGCGCGGCACCAGGCUGCUGUGGCCUUCAGCCUGGAGCCCCAACACCACAGCCACAAAUCUGUUCAUGACCAUCAUCACGAGCACGAUCACAGUCAGGGCCAACAUAGUCACUGUGAACACAGUCACGAGCAUUCAGAAGGAGGAGUGCCAGUGGAAGUUCAUCAGGCCCUGCAAGCUGCCAUGGAGAAGCUUCAGCAGCGUUUCACGUCCCUGAUGAGAGAGAAAGCUGACCUGAAGGAGAGGGUGGAGGAGCUGGAGCACCGCUGCAUUCAGCUGUCUGGAGAGACUGACACUAUAGGGGAGUACAUAGCCCUGUACCAGAGUCAGCGGGCCAUCAUGAAGCAGAAACACCAGGAGAAGGAGCACUACAUCAGCAUGCUGGCCCAGGACAAGGAGGAGAUGAAAGCGAAGCUGGCAGAGCUGCAGGAUCUGGUGAUGAGGCUGGUGGCUGAGAGGAAUGACUGGUACAGCCGCUACACCGGAACCUUAGCCAGCACAGGCACAGUGAACCCUGACCUGCUUCCUGUUGGGGAGGAUCACACUCACCUGGAGCACCAAGCACACACACACACCAAGCUUAAUGCUGUCAGCGGAGCAGAAGCCAUGGAAGUCAUACCUCUGUCAGAACCCACUACAACCCUGGAAGCCCCGUCGUCCCAGAUGCUGUCGAGUGGGUCAGCCCAGACAGACUCCAAGGCCCCGGGGCCCAAGGAGGACGGCACAGCCCAGCAGAUCAUGCAGCUGCUCCACGACAUCCAGAACCCACAGGGGACGCCAAGAUCACCCCGCUUCCUCGGGGAGAACCCCUGCAUCCCCUUCUUCUACCGGCCUGACGAACAGGAUGAAGUCAAAAUCCUGGUUGUGUGAGAGCUGUGUGAGAGCUGUGUGAGAGCUGUGUGAGAGCUGUGUGAGAGCUGUGUGAGAGCUGUGUGAGAGCUGUGUGAGAGCUGUGUGAGAGCUGUGUGAGAGCUGUGUGUGAGCUGUGUGUGUAAAUUGGAUGUGUUAAAGUCUAGGGCAUAUUAAACACCACAGUAUACCAUGUUCGUAGCUUGUUGAUCAUAUCCACUUGUCACUGAUAUGUAAGCAUCUUUGACCCAGUUACAUAAAAAUGCCCCCUCUCUGUGUGUUGGCAGUAAUGUGUGUGCAUGAUUAAAUAGAGAGUAUUUUCAGUU